GGACAGGUGUGAGAUAGAUUGAAUUGGACAAGUUGAAGGAGGAUUUUUAAAGUUGAAAAUAUGUGUUUUGGAAGGUGUGCUAGAUGUGUUGGUUAUAAGUUGCUCAUCCUUGCCCUCCUCUGCAUCGUGGCCAACGCUUUACUUUAUUUUCCCAAUGGCGAAACAAGAUUUGCUUCAGAGCAUCACCUCAGCAAAUACGUGGAGUGCCUUCAUGGCAUUCUAGGUGGAGGCUUUCUGGUACUCAUUCCAGCUGCAGUGUUCAUUGGGCUUCACAAUGACGACUGCUGUGGGUGCUUUGGCCAUGAGGGCUGUGGAAAGAGCUGUGCGAUGCUGUCCUCAGUUCUGGCAGCCUUUGUUGGGAUCCUUGGCUCUGGAUACUGUAUAAUCAUUUCAGCACUGGGCUUGUCUCAAGGACCGUAUUGCCUUACCCCCCUAGAAAGAAACUGGAUCUAUCCUUUCACUGACUCAUCUGGAGGGUACUUGUUUGAGUAUAACAAGUGGUCUGAAUGUCAGGAACCUCAAAACAUCGUACAGUGGAAUGUCACCCUCUUUUCCAUCCUCCUUGUUUUGGGAGGAAUAGAAUUCAUUCUGUGCUUCAUACAGAUAAUCAAUGGCAUUCUUGGAGGACUGUGUGGAUUGUGCUGCAGUCAUGAGGAGGCUUGGAAUCAGUUCAUGAACAAUGACAGCAAUGGAAAACCAGUGUUUGCGACAUUUGGCAAGAUGCUUGAGAAACUGGCUUACAGCGUAGUGUUGAUGACAUGAGUUCUGUCUCUGCCUAUCAGUCUGGAAAGGCAGGUUUGCUACUAAUUCUGAUUAGAGGAAGACCUGGAAGAAAGUAUCCAUAGUGGUGAGAAAGUAAAACAGGAAAUAUGAGAACAUCAAGAAUUAGGACUUCAAAAUGAAGCCUCCUAAGAAAAGAGGAGAGUCUCAGCAGAGAACAGCUUAGAAGAACAAAACUUCCAGAGUUCUUGAGAGAUGGCUUUGGAGACAUGUGGAAGCUGUUUGAGUUGCCUGCUGGUACCUCUUGCACUUUGGAGUAUUGUUGUGAACAUCCUCCUAUACUUUCCAAAUGGGAAAGCUCUGCAUGCUGCCAGUUACCAGUUCCCCAGCCAUGAGUGGUAUUUUGAAGGCAUCUGCUUCUCAGGUGUGAUGGUAAGUGUGAUGAUCCUUCUUUUGGCAGUAAUUCUAAUAACACUGGAGUGUAGUGUGUUCUAUCGAUGCUGCCAGAGUGAGAGCUGUAACAAAACCUACAGGACUGGGAAAAUCAAAUGUGAAAUUCAGCCCCAAGGAAGUAGCUAGACAGACUGAAUGAUCAUAUUUGCUGUUGACACUAUUCCCACAAGGUACCUCACAGAUUAUCCUUCCUGGUCUAAGUGCAAAAACCCUGCAAACAUAGUGGAGUGGAAUAUCAUUUUACUCUCGAUUUUGAUAGCUCUCAGUGGAUUGCAGCUGAUCAUCUGCAUUCUCAAAGUAGCC